UUGUUGUUGUUGUGACCGACAAACAGUCAAUCGUUCAUUUAUUUAUAUUUGUACUCCGAAAUAAACUGAAGGUUGUUUAAUUUCACUUUGGCGAUGGCGAGUUUGGAUGAAAAGUGGAAAGCUGUGGACAACUUUGAGUCUAUUGUGGUAGAUCGUGAAAGAGAUGUUGUUCGAGUGACAAAAGAAUUGUAUGAUCUUCAUAAAGGCCGAAAGCAACUCAGGGGUGUAACAAGUAGUUGCAACUAUCGCUUGACGAUACCAUUUGCCCCUCAUCUCUUUGGCUCAGGCAAAACGACCUUUGCCCGAACCUAUUUGGAGUUGGUGCAAAGGUUUGGUGAAACUUUUCUGUCGAAUUUUGCUUCGGACCCUUUGAGGAGAACCUUUUUGGAGAAGCUGAAAAGGGCUUCGUUGCUCUUUGUGGAUUUGAGGAAGUUGGAGCCCACAGACCCGAAAGAACGCAACCUAAAGUGGGCAGUCUACUAUUUGUUAGUAAAGGCUGCUUUUUUGCAAUCAGGUCUUCCGCAACCAGACCCGGACGAAUGUUUCAAGGAACUGAAACUUAGGACUGAUGCUUUGGUUCAGAAAAUCCGUUCAAUCUUAAACAUUCCUUCUGAUCAAUAUCUUUUGUUGGCAUUUGAUGAAGUUGGUGUGUUUGAUACAAAGGGAACCUUUUUUGAACUGGAGAAGAAUGACAAAGGUGUGGUUCGACCUUACAACGACUUUUUCGGUAUCAUUAGUCAAUUGUGCAAAGAACCCGACUUGUUUUUUAUAGUUGUUGGGAAAAGCAAGGGUUUAAUAAAUGAAUUGGCAGAUUCGUUAUUGGAAUGUACAGGUGGAGUUCCUGGUUUGUUGACUCGUGCAGUGAAUAUGCUUUUGAAUUAUGUGGUAGUGAGAAAUCAGCCUUUUAUAUCGAAAGAAGAAUGUUUGACUUGUAUGAAUGACUAUGAUUUCCGAAUAAUUUGUGCUGAACCAUUUGUGGAACGAAUAUUGAAUUUGGACGAAGAUAGAAAAAGUGUUUUUGAUUUACUUUUGAUGAUGGCUCUUUAUCGUAUACCGUUUCAAGUAGAUGACAUAUUGACCUCGGAGUCUUUUUUAUUUGAUGCAGUCACUGAAAUGGGAUUAUAUCGGUAUCCUAUUGACCAGAAUACUUUUCAAGUCCUGAUUCCAAAAGUAUUUGUUGGAAUCUUCAAGAGGGUCUCUUCUAUUUCUUCUUUGGAAAAGAUACUUCUUGGAUCACUUGAUGUCGAACCAGUAGAUUGUUUCUUUUAUUCAAAGUGUCGUGUAUUUGAAGGAAUUGUUGCUUUACGACUAGUUUUGAUGUUGCCUUCAAAGAAUCGAAAUGAGUUGAGGGAAUUGUUGUGUCAAUUGUCUCCAAUAUGGAAACAAAUGAAACUUCCAAUCAGUACAAUAUCACCUAUUCACUAUAUCAAGUCUGUUGUUAGUUCUAGAGAAACUAGAAGUGAAUCGAACAAGAGUCGAAGAACUUUUUCCAGUACUGAAUGGAAUAAGAUUAUUCGAGAAACACUUUAUUUAGAGACUAUUUACAUUCCUUUGGACGCUACUUCUCAUAGUCCUGAUAUUAUAUUCCAAUUACAAUCUCCUGUGGAACCCAAAGUUCUUACUGUUGGAGUUGCAUGUAAAGGACGUUGGAAGUCGGAAGGAAUUGGCUGGUCAGAUAUUAUAGAUGAAGCCAAGAAAUUUUUAGAUCCUGUUUAUGAUCAAGUCUUAUCCAGUGCAAUGGAUUAUCAUCAUUGUAUGCUUAUUAUCGUUAGUACAAAGUUAUCAUUGAAUGUUUCUAAUGAGUUGGGUAAUCAGAGUCGUUGUUACUCCAGUGGAAUGUUUAUUGGAAAUGAUUUUUUCAAAGUACCUGAUAAUUGUGAACUUGUUAUUCUUUGUGAAAGAGAUGUGGAAAUGCUGAUUGACGAAGAAAUAUUGAAUGGACUUGAAAGAGCAUUUUGUGUUUCUGAUAAUCCUCCUUUUUGGGAUUUUGGAUUAGAUUUACUUGAUAGAAUCCGUAACAGUUUCUUAAGUUGGCAAUAGAUUUUUACUCAAUCCUUCCCUUUGUGAUUUCUUUUUAAGAGCAAGUAACCUCUUUUUUUUUA